AAUUUCAAGUUUCAAGUGAAAGAAAGAGAGAGAGAAGAAACAGUUACCAGUCACUAUGAAACCUCUCCAGUGCCUUAUUCUUCUGAUGUUUGUUCUCUUUGCUUCUGCGGUUGCAAGGAAGGACAAUAUGAGCGGAGGGUGGAGUCCCAUCAAGAACAUCAACGAUCCUCACGUAAAGGAGAUAGCAGAUUACGCGGUUACGGAGUAUGUUAAGCGAUCGGGUCAGAAAUUGAAGUUGGAGAAGGUAUUGAAGGGCGAGACUCAGGUAGUUGCAGGGCUCAACUACCGCCUUACCCUAGCGGCCGCCGACGGUUCUUCUUCCAACAACUACGAAGCAAUUGUGUGGGAGAAAGCGUGGCAGCAUUUCAGGAACCUCACUUCCUUUACCCCUGUACGUGUUUAAUGGUUCUGUUGUCUUGUAGUGCCUAUCUAUCUUCUGUGUAUUAUUAUUAUAUACACUAAUAAAAUCUUAAGUUAGG